UAAGGCCCGAUCUUUCUGCUCUCUUCGGCUCUGCCAGUCUGUACUAGAAAAGAGGGGGCGAAGGAGUGGCGGGCAUCAAAAGAAUGGAAAAGGAAAUGGAAUCCGAACCGGCCGAGUCGGCUUCUCCAUCGAUGCCAGCAGCCGCCGCUCGGGGCAGUGACGCUGAUCGAAUGGAAGUCGAUGACCAACGCGAUGGCACAAAGGCAGAAGCAGAAACUGCAGCAAACCCGAAUCCGACGCAAAGCACGGAGGAAACAACAGCUGCUACACUUGCGACAACUUCUGGAGGAACAGAAGCAGAUCCGCAAUCGAUGGAAUCUUCGUCCACAUCUACCGACUCGCCUUUGACCUCGCCAUCGCUGUCGCUGCACGAUUGCCUUUCGCUGGGCGAGAUCGAACUCGGGCUCAGCAAUCGGUGCGGUAAUCCCAGCCACGGGAACGAUGGCGAUCCGGACCGAGCGGACGCCGAUUCUUACAAACGGAGGGAGCAGCGCGCGUGGUCCGCCGAAGAGGUUCGCCGGCUCCCGUACCUGUUGCGGAUUUUGUCCAAGACGCGCCCCCUAGCAUCGGUCCAGACCUUUCCGGCAUCGAAAUCGAAGCAGGGAACCGAAGAGAACGACGAAGACGGAUCGGAUUUCGUGGUGGACGAAGACAUCGACCGGGUCGUCGAUCGCCUCGAAGACGCAGCAGCGAUCCACUCGGUUUCGGGAGGGAUCGACGUCGUUACCAACUAUCUGGCUCCUUCGGUGACGAAACAAAUCUCCCGGUUGUCGCCUCUUACACCUUCCGUGGCGAAGGAAAUAAACCAAUCCUGUCCGCCGGACAACGAUGCCAACAAUAGCGGUGGCAGAAGGGACAGCAAGAGCAACAGCAAGUGGAUCGACUAUUGGUGGUAUACCGUCAAGAAACGAAAACGAAGAGAAACUGAUGUGUCUCAGACCAAAAAGAGAAAACUCGAUGGAAGUCCCAUGGUUGGUAACGAGAAUACGGAUGCCGAGGCCGGUGCAAACAAGCUCGGGGCGUCUUCGGACGAAGACGACGAAACGAACGUGGCGAUGGAUGCAUCGGCGGAUGAAACACUAUCCAUGAGGGCAAGGCCCCCAUUGAAACGACGGGACUCGAUUUUGGUGGCGGCAGAAGAUUCACAAGAAUCUACCGUCACCAAAACCUUGUCCGAACUCACACGACUGGUCGUGGCCUCCCUCGACGAUUCUUCGAACCAAUACUUCGAGACUGAGGGCGACGACGAUCCGCAGCAGUGGCGGGGGGCGAGCGGUGGCGGGAAAAGAGCCCCGUACAUGCUGUCCCUGAACACCGACGACAUACUGAGCGAAAAAGCGGCGUCGGCGUCCACGGAGGACGGAAUCGCCACGGACGGGAGCGACCUGGCCUCCACCGUCGUCGCGAUCAUGCACAACGCACCGCCGUUCAAGUCGAGGCACGUUGCCAGCGCCCUUUGCCGGGCGUCGGUUCCCCGGGCGGGCAAUGUGAUAUCCGAUCUAGGCGCCAACUGCCCGGCAUCGGUAUCGUCGUUGCUGCAGGGAUGCAUCGAGGCAUAUUCCAUGGCGAUGAAGCACCAUUGCACCGUCGGUUUUGCCGACCUCUUUGGCAGUGCACACAAAAACAACGAAGUGUCGUGCACCGUUGUCGCCGCUGCCAAAUCGAGUGCAACGGCCCUGGCGAGGCUGUCCCCGACCGAAUCGGUUCGGGUCCGGAACAAGCUGCAGUCGUGCGGGAUCAUGCUCGACGUGCAACUGAAACUCGCGAUGGAAACGGCGGCGGCGCGGGGGUCGGCAUCGGGAUGCUCGAUCGUACCCGUUGCGUGUCUGCUCCUAGAACACCUAUCGUUCCCGGCAGCUACCACCGCUGCCGACUCCGAGACAGCCACAGAGAUUACCAGAAAGUCUGCAAACGAGCCCUCGGAAGCAUCCGAGGGCGGCAGGUCGCCAGGAGAAACCGGUGCAGAAGAUUGCGGGAACGACGAUGAAGUGAUCACAAGCUAUGCCAGAAAGUGUUCGAAGGGAUCGGAGCCGUCGCUGCUGCUCUAUUUCGUGGAGAAUCCGGCGUUGUACCGACGAACGCUGGACUUUUUCUCGCGAACCAUGGCUGUUGGAGCCUCCACUUCGCUGACGGCUACCGGCGGUAGGGUCAUAACAUCGAAGGGGAAAUGGUGCCUCUUGCUAAGGUCAUUUUUUAUGCUCCUGCUGGUGCCUUUGCCGAGUAUUGACACAAGCGACCUGGGCGUUGCAUACGAAAAUGCAAUCAAAUCGUUUGUCAUUCUGGUGAAAAGCUUCGAUUGUACAAAAGAAGACAAGGACAACACUGGUCAAAAGCGAGUGAAGGAAGGUGACAUUGACUCCUUGUCCUGUCUUGCAUCGUCUUCUGGGGUCCUCUUGCUAUCAAAGUAUCUUGCAAGCAAGCCAGAGCAGGGAUCUGCGGAGGGAGGAUACGAAACGAGACUGCCUAUCGACCCAUUGGUGGAAACAGUUUUGAAGUCCAUAGAAAAGAGUCUAGAGCGAUCCCAUCUGACACGACCAAGGUUCCGGUCCCAUAUGCAGAGAGAUGAUGUAUGGGGAUCCUUCAAGCUAAUUUUAUACCCCUUGGAGUUGACUACGCGAAUUGAAAAAACAUACGCAACCAAUGCUUACCGUUGCACGGAAGUUGGCAUACGUCUUUUUUGGAAACUGGCUGAACCUCUACUGGACGUUAGCACAAUCGAAGAGAAGCGUAGCGUAGCCUUUGACGUUUCUUCGCUGCUAAAUGUGUUGCGCAUGGAACCGAAUUCUACCGAUGAUUCAUUGGUGGAAGAGACAGAAAAGCUACUUGAUUAUCUACUCAAAGGAGUUAAAGAGGAAGAAGCCGAAUCGCUCAUGGGGAACAUCGAAUGCGCCCAAUUUAUUGCAAAAGCCACCAAAUUUCUCUCGAAACCAGAGACUUUGGAAGUUCCAAAAGUCUUGCCUAUACACCUCGAUAUGGCAUGGUCGAAGAUAGUUCCCGGUCGCGCAAGCCCGAGUUCAAAAACGAUCGAUGGUGUGAUGUGCAGUUACCUUUUCAAGUUCCUUUAUGCAUUCGAAUUUCUCGAUACAUCCCCACUGUCACCGUUUGUAUUCGAUCCAAGAUCGAUGCCGAUGAAGGAAACGCUUUCGAUGAUCCAGACUCUUUCCUCCAAACCAACACGGGACUAUCUUUUGUCUGAAAUCAACGCAUUGAUCUUGAAACACUGCCCCGAAUUCGCUCUUCAUCGAUUUGAACAGCGUCUGGAUCUCGGCCCUUCUCCAGCAUUUGAUGCUAUGGAUCGAAACAGUCUUCUGGAAGCUCUCAGCAACUGUAUUCGAGAAGGAUUGCACCAGGGUAGAACUGAGGUUUGCAAAGGCACGAUAGAGCAACUCUUUCUGCAGGCAAAAUCCAGGGUUUGCGAUUCUGAAGUACUUUGUGCAGUAACAAACUCUUUUUUGUCUUCACCGCAUGCUCCGUUGCCAACCUACAGCUACAAAACUUUAUGCCGGGAUCCGAUAGUGUGCUUGAAAUUUCCUCUUUCCGUUUGGCAAUGUAGAAGUCUUCGAAGAAUCGCUCUGUCAGUUUUGGAAAACUUGCUCUUGUCAAACAAUAGUAUUACCUCGGAAACAUCGAAGAGCUCGGGUACGGCACUGGAGCUCCUUGUGGCUCGAGAUGCAAUCAUAGUUCGCUGCCUCCUCGCUGUCUUGCACAGCGGAGACUCGAAAAAUUUGGCCCCAUGCUCCAUGACAACAAGCUUCAUUCGUUGGUUAAUUCAGAGCCGAUCUGGGCUUGUUGCACUCCUGGUGAAGCAAGGCCUUCGAGAGCAAGAUCUCGAUUGGCUCGUGGAAAACGUUCCGGAGACAAUGAAUGAUUCGCAGUAUUUGCUCCAGAUAUUUUCCGAGCGAAAUAGGCUGACGGCAGCGGAGCGUCUCGUUGCAGCGGAUACGAUCGUCAGAAUCGCCGUAGUACAUGGCCAAGCCAAUGAAGCAGACUCCUCCCAAUUAAUACUGACCGCUGUUUCUCAACUUGUUGACUCGUUUCAUGUCAUCCUUGGACCUGUCGGGCUUCUUCCUGUCGACGCAUUGUUCAAUGCUGAAUCCACUACAUCCAUAACGCAGAUAUCACAGAAAGCAGCUUUCCGAAUACUGAAAGCCCUGACCAAAAUAAGGGGAGCACGUUGCCAGAUCCGUCGCGAUUGUAAUAUGGUCCUUCAGAAAUUGGUUGGCCUCUGCAAGGCAGAACUUCAKGGAACGGUUGCUGGGAGACGAAAACAAUUUCUCAAGGAACUGUACGACGCAGCAGUGAAAGCAGAAAAGUAAGCAAUCAAUUCAUUCCGUUGAUAUGCAUCGGCCCAUUUUGUCCCUAAACAGAAUUCCGAAAUAGCUAGCUAGUGCCAUAACAAAUAGUGUAUUCUGAA